AUGGACAACGAGAAGCAAAUCUUCAACAGCUCUUCCAUGCUGUCUGGCCCCACCUCUAACACAUCACUCCUUCCAUCGGACGACCGUGACGAUGCUCUGGCCCAAGCCGAAAUCGCCAUCUUGGCCUCCAUCUUCCUGUUAGCCUCCCUGAGCAAUGGGCUGGUGCUGGGAGCCCUCUUCCGCCGCGGCCACCAGGCCACGCCCAUGCACCACUUCAUCCGCCACCUCUGCCUGGCCGACCUGACUGUGGCUCUCUUCCAGGUGCUGCCACAGCUCAUCUGGGACAUCACCGACCGCUUCCAGGGCCCAGACGUGCUGUGCCGCGCCAUCAAAUACUUGCAGGUGGUCGGCAUGUUCGCCUCCUCCUAUGUCAUCGUAGCCAUGACAUACGACCGCUACCGUGCCAUUUGCCGGCCCAUGCUGGCUUUCCGGAGGGGCCCUGCCACCCAGCACUGCCCGGUGGUGGUGGCCUGGACCGCCUCCUUCCUCUUCAGCCUGCCCCAGCUCUUCAUCUUCUCCAAGACGGAGCUGCCCAGUGGGGCCCAUGAGUGCUGGGCUACCUUUGCCGAGCCCUGGGGGGCCCGCGCGUACGUCACCUGGGUGACCCUGAUGGUUUUCAUCCUGCCCACGUUCUUCAUCGCCACCUGCCAGGGCAUGAUUUUCCAGGAGGUCCACCGCAGCCUGCAGCUUGGGCCUGAGAGGGCUCUGGGGGGCAGGAAGGGCCGGAGAGGGGCUUCCCUGAUCUCGGGUGCCGUGGCCAAGACGCUCAAGAUGACGCUCGUCAUUGUGCUCACUUAUGCGUUCUGCUGGGCUCCCUUCUUCCUCGUGCAGCUAUGGGCCGUCUGGGACCCCCAGGCCCCCACAGAGGGCCCAGCAUUCACCCUCCUGAUGCUUGUCGCCAGCCUCAACAGCUGCACGAAUCCCUGGGUCUACGCGACUUUUAGCAGCAGCAUCUCAAGCGAGCUGUGUCGCAUCGUCUGCCCCAGACUGGCUCGCCGGCGAAUGGGAUCCCUGCCGGAAGACUCCAUCCUCACAGCCAGCUCCUCCCUGGGACGGGACACCUUCUCCUGA